AUGUCUACAACUCAGAGCGCGGGCCUCGUCAUUCAUGGAGUCGUGGAGCAGAUCAACUCCUUCAUCGUUGGCACCGCGGAUUUGGACUCAAGUGUCAAUAUGAUAUCGAAUCAGAAAGACGGACUUUCAGCAUUGUCACUCGAAUCCGGCAUGCACGGUGACUAUGGUGGAUGCUACAUCCAUUGGGGUGUCCACGAGCACGCCAUGAUGGCAACAUCCAAUGGGAUCGCGGCAUUCAAUCCUUGCACAACCAUACCGGUGACCUCGACUUUCGUCAGGUUUGUCCUUUACGGCGCCUCCGCCAUCCGAAUGGGAGCACUUCAACAGCUUCAAGUCAUCCCCGUCGCCACUCACGAUUCGAUUGGGAUGGGUGAAGACGGGCCAACACAUCAGCCCAUAGAAGUUGCUGCAUUGUUCAGAGCCAUGCCCAAUAUGAUAUGUAUAAGGCUGGCCGACAGCAACGAGACAGCUGGAGCUUGGAAAGUGGCCAUCGAAGCCAAGCAGACCCCAACCAUCAUCAGUCUGUCGGCACAACAUUUGCCCCAGUAUCCUGACAUGACAGGGCAAGAGGAAGUCGCCAAUGGGGCAUAG